AAAGACGACUGAAUCAUUUGUUGUUUUGAUAACGUAUCGGGUGGCAAAACAUCAGUGAAUUUUGCGGAGUAUCAUUUUGCACUUGGUGGGGUAAUCGAUAAUCAAUAGGUGCAUUUCUGUUACGUGCGGUCAGUCUCGAGAGUUUCUGGCAUGUGAAAGUGUUUUUCGACCGGAUCAGAAGGAUUUAUCGUGCCAUUCUACGCUGCAAAUUGUAAUGUUUAACGAUGGAAAGGGUUGAGCUUCUGAACGGUUCCAGCAGCAGCUCGGCAGAAGAUCAUAACAAAUCGUUGACAUCGAUUGAGGCUGACUACAGCAUUGAGGAGUUUUGCGAUGAAAACAGCAGAUUGGUGGAGUUAGGCAACUCUCGUGAAUCUAACAAGCACAAUGGAAAGACAGAAGUUCCAGCAAAGAAUAUGGAGAACAACGUAUUUGGGCACUCUAAUAACAACAGAAGGGCGGACGAACCGACGGAACUCAGUUUUGAGAAAUUUCCUGAAAAUCACGAAGAAAAAUUAAAGCGAAUCAAGAUCGAAAAUGCAUUGGACGAUUCCACGACUACGCAGGAUGAGUGGAGGGAAUUUGCGAAAUCGGAGUAUGGUCUCAUUAAUGACGAUCUGAGGCGUAAAGUGUGGCCGCUACUGGUCGGCGUCAACCCAAAGAAGGUAGAUCCUGCCCCAUCGCUCGAGGAACUCAACAGUCAUCCGGAGUACAAUCAAGUGGUGCUUGAUGUCAAUCGCUCGUUGAAACGUUUUCCCCCUGGUAUUCCCUACGAACAACGUGUCGCCCUGCAAGAUCAGCUGACGGUACUUAUUUUGAGGGUCAUUAUGAAAUAUCCUCAUCUUAAAUACUACCAGGGUUAUCACGAUGUUGCAAUAACAUUUCUGUUAGUUGUAGGAGAAGAAGUAGCAUUUCAUGUAAUGGAAAUUUUGUCAACCAACCAUCUGGUCGAAUGCAUGCAAGAAACGAUGGAACCAACCCAGAAGAGGCUAAUGUUUAUAUAUCCUUUGAUAAGGAGAGAGAACCCGGCUCUUUGUACCUAUUUAGAACGAUCUACCGUGGGCACCUUGUUCGCACUACCCUGGUACCUCACUUGGUUUGGGCACAGCCUUAACUCGUACCGAUCCGUAGUGCGGUUAUACGAUUAUUUCCUAGCCUCUGAUUUUCUUCUGCCUAUAUACGUGACCUCGGCGAUCGUACUGUACAGACAGAAUGAGAUCUUCCAGGAGGACUGCGAUAUGGCAUCACUACAUUGCUUAUUGUCACAACUGCCAGAAGAUCUGCCAUUUGAGUAUCUUUUGAAAAGUGCCGAAGAACUGUACCGUAAAUAUUCACCCAAAUCCAUAGAAAAGGAUGUAGAAAACAUGAUCAUUCAAGAAAAGCAACAGCGCCUUAAAGAAGAACGCGAACGCGAACGGAGGAAGGCAUACGGAGUGGCUAAGCCUGGACAUCAUUCGAUCAUCGGCCGAAUUAUGCCACAUUUGCAAUUGACACGACGAUCCGUUUUUGUGACAACUGCCUUCUCCAUUCUGGUCGGAUUCUGUGCUUACUAUUAUCGAACACAUUUUAUGCCGAUCAGAUGAGUAGAGAUGUUCCGGCGAAUUCCGUCGUCCUUUACUGUCGUUACAGGUUUACUACCAAUACACUGUGGCUGGAACUUUCCAAAGGUACAGUGAGCUGUUUUGGUGGACUCAACGAUCUGAAACUAGUGGCAAGCAUAAUUAGGUUCGACAGGCUCACCGGAACAGAAACAAAUAUAACAACAAAUGUGAUUAUUAUUGUUUUCUCAUCGAGUUGAUCAACCAUGUUCGCACCAAUGUUCGCUUUGUUAUCAUGUAAAUAUCUAUAUUGUGUCCAUUAGCAUGGGAACUGUGUAUCUGAAAGCUUGUAGGGGUGACCGUCAUGAUUUAUAGCUAUAUUUAUUUUCACCGAUCACGCAUGAGAAUGAAACCAAUAGAUGCAAUCUAUUGCAUUGUUAUUUAAUAGAAUCGAAAUAAAAUAUAUGCCAAGCUCAUAUUGUUCAAUUGGAAAUACAUUCGAAAUCAUUAAUCGUAAUAUAAA